AUGCUUGCUCGCACUAUUACUGGAGACCUAGACCAAUGCAACCUGUCCAUUGCGGAAUUUGAGGGAUUGCUUAUGGACAACAGCUGGUGUGGCGCAGACAAUUCUCAGUUCCGAAAUAUCAGUGUUUUCGGGCUGUAUGCCGUACUUUGUGGAUUCCCCUCAAUAAUCUUCUCUGCUCACGCAACUGGAACUAUUCAACGCCAACUACAAGUAAUAGAGCGAGCUCUGUCUAGGUGGAAAUUAAUAUGGGACCUAUUGAUCUCGCAAACACCAUCAGAGGAGCUCGAACGUGUUGGCAUCAUGAUGAGUGCUGAUGAAGUGUGGCUACUUGGGAAAGUAUUUUUGCGUAUGGAUCCCAAGGACUUCUUGGAGGGGCUAGACAGUGAUUCGAUGGAAGAUAUCGAGUCUCUAGUUAACCGCAUGAAGAAAACGGUGGCUCGAUCUGGACGAUAG